GUCGAAACACAUCCAACAAUUGGUACAUUAAAUGGCCAUAAACCAUUAACCUUCGAUAUCCCAAUUGGAGUUGAACCAAAACCACCAUCUCCAAGAUUAUCCCUCAACUUCAAAGCAGCGAAUUGGCCAAAAUUCAGAAGUAAAUUAAAUGAACAACUAAUGCUAUGGAACAAUAAUCGUCUCAUCAAUUCAGCAUUAGAUAUAGAAGAAUAUACAUCGUUCAUUACCAACAGCAUUACUUCAGCAACACAAGAAGCCAUACCAACAUCGAAACAACUUAAUACAAACAUUAAAUUAACCAAAUAUACAAAACAUCACGUAUAUGGAACUGGUCGUCGAUGUCAUGCAGCUGUCAUAUUAUUUGAUAUCAAAGCUGCUUUUGAUUCAGUAUGGCAUGAUGGGUUGAUAUACAAAUUAAAUGAAUUACGUCUUCCACAAUAUGUAAUGAAUUACCUCAGCGGUACUCCACAAGGAUCUCCAUUAUCACCUUUACUCUAUAUUAUAUACACGGCAGAUUCAAUGAAUGCAAUACCAGAUCAUACAGAACAUGGUUUAUUUGCCGAUGAUACUGCACUAUGGACAUCGUCAAACACAACAACAAGCCUAAAUAGUAGAUUACAACAAUCCAUAGAUGCAUUCGAAAGCUUGUGUAAAUCAUGGAAAUUAAAAUUACAACCAACAAAAACUGAAUUGGUGCAUUUUACUGUCCAUCCAAGAAGAACUUUUAAAAAUCCAAUCAACGUUAAAAUAGAAGAUACAAUCAUUAAACCAUCAGAUUCAACAAGAUAUCUAGGAAUUAUCAUCGACAAAAGAUUAAAUUGGAGCAGUCAUAUUCACCAUAUGGAAUCGAAGAUUGCAGGUCCUAUCAGUCUGCUUAGAUUUUUAAAUAGAACAGCAUACGAACCAAACGACAAAAUAAUGUUGAAUAUAUUCAAAUCAAUAGCAAGAACUUUGAUAAUAUACGGUUAUCCAAUUCUGCUUACAGCAAAUGAUAAAAUAUGGGAAAGAUUACAAAUUAUGCAAAACAAAGCCAUUCGUGCUGCUUUAGGUUUACCCAUAUAUACAUCAGUUGAAUAUAUACAUAAAAUUAGCAAUGUUACGAAAAUAAAAGAAUAUGCUACUACACUACUCCAACGAUAUAUUCAAACUGCAACAUCAAACAACGACAACGUACUGAAAAACAACGUAGAAGAAAUAUUCAAUCAAAUAUGAAAAACAAAUCACCUACCUAUUAUAUAUAAAAUAUACAUCGUUAUUAUAGAUCACUGAUGAAUCGACAGAAUCCAUGUAAAAAUUGUUAUAUCGGAUUCGCAUACUAGAAGUUUGCAUCACGCACAACGUUAAAACUAAACACAACGUAUAAACAUGUUUCAUGAGACAAAAGACAUUCGUCAUGCAUCUCUCCGUUGGUUUUUCCAGCCUUUUGUAUAUAUCAUCUCUUUUUUCUUGUUUCUUCUUCCUAAUAUCAUAAUAAAGGCUUUGACUCCAAAAAAACAAAAAAAAAAAAAAAACUUGAUACCGAAUAUGAAAAUGAAAGAAAGAAAAAGAAAUAGCUGAAUGUAAUAAAUCGAAUAAACAUAUAGAUUGACUCAACUUGAUAUCGAAUAUGAAAAUGAAGGAAAGAAAAAGAAACAGGUGAAUAUGAUAAAUCUAAAUGUUUUUAUAUUUACCUCGGCAAAUAAAAUCAUGUGAAAAGAAAAGUCUUGAAAAGAAUAGAAAAGUCCGCUGGAAGAAAGAAACAUCCUCUUGUUCAUCAAAUACGUGCAAUAGAUUAUUUCUCUGAUUUAAAUCUGUUCAAAUGUUCUCCUAGGACGAGCAUUACGACAAUCGUAAACGAUCGUAUACGAUCGUGAACGGUCGUAUACAGUGCACAUUACGAUCGUAUACGACCGUAUUUCGCCGUAUUACUUGACACCUGAAUUACGGCCGUAUAUGGUCGUGUCGUAUACGACGAAAUACGACGUGUAUACGACCACCGUAAACGGUCGUAUACAGUCGUAUACUAUGUCGUUUUUCAUCGUAUUUCAUUCAAAACUUUGCUACCUAGCGCCCUCCUCCCCUUGACUUUCCAAAGAUGAAAAAACUAAGGCCAUAUACAGACUAGAAAAAGUGAAUUAACUUAAGGUUGAAUUAAGUAAUGUAAUUGGCCAAUUCAUAUUUAAGUGAUGACUUAAAUAUGAAUUGGCCAAUUACAUUACUUAAUUCAACCGUAAGUUAAUUCACUUUUUCUAGUGUGUACAUGGCCUAAUUCGUUGGGGUGUCAAGUCUCACUAGACACCUCCAUUGAAUUACAGUUAUACUUUACUAUUUUAUUUAUUCUUUUCAAUAAUCUAAAAAAUUGAAAAAUAAAUUUAUUUAAUCUGAAAAAAUAAAAAAUAAAAUUUAUCUAAUGGGCUUGUCCGCAGGUAACGCACUCACGUUUUGUCAAGUUUCGAUUUGAAUUUCUCUCUAACGGUAAAGCGUAAAGCCUUG